ACAAACCAACCCGCACUCGCGAAACCACCAUGUCCCGGAGCCGGACUGGGUGCUUCACCUGUCGGCGCCGGAAGAAGAAAUGCGACGAGCGAAAGCCAAUUUGCAGCAGUUGUCGGCAGAAUUCGCUAGAAUGCAAUUGGCCUGCUCUUCCGAGCAUGUUCGCCAAAGCACAGAGACUCGCCCCAGCCGCGAUGUCGGCAAAGGCAAUAUCAAGACAGCAACCAUCAACGACAUCCCUCGAAGCAGCUUCGAGCAGUUCCACAGAUUUGGGCUCUACCAGAGUACACAGUCAUCAACAUCAUCAAGAUGCCGACAGCUCGACAUCAUCUCCACCAAGCACCCCUCACCCUUGUCCAACCUUCUCACAUUGCCCUUCGAGUUCAUCCUCCGCAAUCUCAGGCGCAUCACCACAAAACGAUGAUUUAUGCAAAUUCGCCGGAACGCUUGCUCAGUAUGACCAUCAUCGCGCCAGUCUAUUCAACUACUAUCACUCCCACAUCGCUCCUAACAUGGGAAAUGGCGCUGCAGAUGUCAAUCCUUUCAUUGACAUGCUUGUCCCUUUGGGCUUGUCGAACCCACUCAUUUUGCAUCUUCUAUUAGCUCAGAGCGCAAUACUUCAACAAGCCUCCGACAAACGGCUUUUCGACAACAAUUUCGCACAGCGCUACUACGCCGACUCAUUGCAGCUAUUCAAGGACAUGCUUAAGAGACAUCUUGUCGAGAAAAACAACAACUUGGUCACUCUUACUACUGGCAGUCUCAUCAUUUGUCUGACUCAGGUUACUAGACCGGAUGCCGAUGGCAUUAUUCUCGAUCAUCUCACCGUGGCACAGUUAUUGCUUGCCAGAAUGCUUGCAGAUCCACCACCCGAACUAUCCAUCGAUUUACGCAACUUCAUGGUCGAGUCAUAUAUCGAUAUUACAGCCUUGAACUUAAUCUCAGUCCACCCGAAGCGCGGCUCGUCGCUUGUUUUCCAUCCCGAAAUCGAACGGGCGGCAAGACAGCUCGCCGAUGAGCAAUACGUCGGCCAACUAUCUGGUUGUUGGAUUGAACUCCUCUUGAUUAUACUACAAAUCCAUCAAUUAAGACAAGGAAUCAUGGGGAAUCUGAAAGGGCAAGUCAAACCGACAUUCGCCGAUAACAUCAUCAUGUUUGGGUCACUGCAGACACAGGCACAAUGCUUCUUCCCGGCCUCGUUUGUGGAUCAGGAGCUUUUGCUCGCAAGCCUUAUUUUCAAGCAGGCGGUGCUCUUGUACCUAUGGACAAGCGUGGAUAAACCGCCCUCUGGAGAAAGCAACAGCAUGCAAACCAUGCUCAUCAGCCAUGCGGUUCAGGAAGCGAUGUCGGUAUUGGAUCAGUUACCCGACUCAGCUAGGGUGAAUUCCAGCCUUUGCUGGCCGCUCACGAUUAUUGGCUGCUGCACGCGCGAUCCCGCGUCACAGGAUGCUAUCAAGGGCAGACUCAAGACAGUCUUCGAGUCCACUCGCCUGGGUAGCAUGAGGCAAGCCCUUUUGUUGCUCGAACAAAUCUGGAGUAAGCCUAAAGAGGCCAUUAGCCCAUGGACCUUGCAUGAAGUGAUGCAGGAGCACCAGGUCAUGAUAUCGUUUAUGUGAACUAGUCAACCAAGUAUGAAACGCUGUAUCCAGGUGGUACUAAAGCUCCUCAAAGUAUCCGAUGUCCAAUGUCUUGGGCACCCAUUGCCAACCCGGCAAAAAGAAAGACAUACAACAUUGGGGAUUCGCUAGUCGUCACCGACCUAGCUACUAAUCCAACUCUUGCUGGGUUAUCGGUGGAGAUCGGACGGGAUCCCGAGUUUUCAGGCAGAUAUGGUCGUAUGUGCCAUGCGAGUCAUCGGAACGAG